AUGCUCCUCAUUUUCUCUAGUUUGUGGGAGACUAUUCCAUCAUUAUCUGAAUCAACUACAAAUAGAAUAUCAACGGCAGCAUCUACAUAUGCACUUUGCUGCGCAAUUAGUGGCGCCGCAUUCCCAGACGUAGCAUUUCAAUCCGAUGAGGAAACAGCCUCACGCCGUAGUCGUUCGAAUUCGGCGUCAACAAAUAUGUUGGAGCGCAGGAUGUACCGAACUCGGUCUGCCAGGAAAUUACUUAGAUUUGAUUCUGAAUACGAUAUACAAUUUACAAUGGGUAACUCGGGCCUUAGACAACAUUAUGAUACCGCUUCGAAGACUGGUGUUUUACAAAUAUCUGAUAGAAAAUUAAAAGACAUACCUGUGGAAGUGUUUAAUUUAUCAGAACAUUUAAGAAAUCUAGAUUUAUCUAAAAAUAAAAUUUCUAUUGUACCAGAUGACUUAAGUAGAUUAAAAAAUUUGAAGCAGCUGAACUUGAGUGCAAACCAUAUAGAGGUUUUACCAGAUUCUUUGAUAUACCUUAAGAAACUUGAAAUGUUAAAUGUAUCUAAUAAUUCCAUUUGUUCUCUACCAUCUCAUUUUUCAAAUUUAAAUAACUUGAAACAAGUUUAUUUAAGUCAUAACAAAUUUACAGAGUUCCCCCUACAAUUACUAUGCUUAAACAACUUAGAAGUAGUAGAUCUUUCGAAUAAUAAAAUAACUCGGAUACCUAACGGGAUGACAGAUUUUUAUGCAGCUGAGUUAAAUUUAAGCCAAAAUGAGAUAUCAACUCUCAGUGAGGACUUACAUCAGGCUCCAAGGUUAAAAAUAUUAAGAUUAGAGGAGAAUUGUUUAAGCUUAGAUGCAGUAAGACCUAGUUUAUUAAGAGAUUCCAAAAUUCAUACUAUCAAUUUGGAUGGUAAUCUAUUUGAAACAAAACAAUUGGUAUCCGUAGAAGGAUAUAAUGAAUAUACUGAAAGAUACACAGCAUUAAAGAAGAAAAUGUUUUAA